AAAAGUUCCUGCAGUCGAAACAACCGAAACGCGUCUUUAUGCCAAAAAGUAAAACUGAUGCAGAAACUGUGCAAACGUGCAGAAGAAGCGGUGGAGAAUAAAUAUAACAACUACUUGCCAUACCCUGCUCAGCGCAGACAGCCUUCCUCUGUCCCUGCAGUUGUGGUGUCGGUGCUCUGCAGCUGCUUUUAGCUGUGGACGCGGCGGAGCAGAGCGAGAAAUGAGAAGAACAUAGCCCCGCGUUUGGACCGAGCCGCAGCGAGCUGGCCAGCAGCUCUGCGGGACGGGACGGGACGGGACGGAGCGGCGCGCCUGACAGUGACUGCAGCCUCUGGCCGUCCCACCAUGACCAUUCGCCGCGCCGCAUGCUGCCGCUUUUUGACAGCUGACCGAACCCGCUGAUUGAAUGACGAACUUGUGUCCGAGCAAGCGACCGAGCGCAUUCCGAACCCGAGCUCCGAGCGCAGCUGCGGUCUCUCCCCCCCUGAACAUGCGCAAAGCUGGUCACCUCCGCGGAUCCGAGUCGGGCUGAAGCAUGUUCCUCCGGUGGCCGCCGGUGCCUCUCCUCCUCAGCCUCAUCGUCUCUCCGGCGUGGAGUGUUCACAACAGGGGGGAUGAGUUCGAGCAGCCCGUCUCCCAGCCGCAUAUCGUCUUCGUCCUGGUGGAUGACCAGGGCUUCCGGGAUGUCGGUUACCACGGCUCCGAGAUCAAAACCCCGAACAUUGACUGGCUGGCGGCGCAGGGAGUCAAGCUGGAGAACUACUACGUUCAGCCGCUCUGCAGCCCGUCCCGGAGCCAGCUGAUGACCGGCAGGUAUCAGAUCCAUACAGGUCUGCAACAUUCCAUCAUUCGAGCCACCCAGCCCAACUGCCUUCCCUUGGAAAAUGUCACCCUUCCCCAGAAGCUCAAAGAAGCUGGCUACUCCACCCACAUGGUGGGGAAGUGGCACCUUGGCUUUUACAAACGUGGCUGCCUUCCCACCCAGCGUGGUUUCGACACUUUCUUUGGAUCCCUGCUUGGAAGCGGUGAUUACUACAGUCACUACAAAUGUGAAGGCCCCGGCAUGUGUGGUUAUGAUCUGUAUGAAGGGGAGGAGGCUGCUUGGGAACAGGACCGUGGUUUGUACUCUACUGUGAUGUUCACUCGAAAGGCUGUCAGCAUCUUGGCCAAUCAUAAUCCUCACAGGCAACCCUUGUUUCUUUACCUAGCUUACCAGGCGGUUCACUCCCCGCUCCAGGUUCCUGCUCACUAUCUCGAGCGCUACAAAGGAAUUCCAAACCCACAUCGGCGUAAAUAUGCUGCCAUGGUUUCUUGCCUUGAUGAAGCCAUUCAUAACCUCACUCAAGCCCUGAAACGCUUUGGUUAUUAUGACAACACAGUUAUAGUGUACUCCACAGACAAUGGGGGCCAGCCAUUAGCUGGUGGAAGUAACUGGCCCUUGAGGGGGAGCAAAGCCACCUACUGGGAGGGAGGCAUCAGAGGAGUGGGUUUUGUACACAGUCCCCUGUUAGUAAAGAAAGGCUCAAAAUGCCGAUCUUUGGUCCACAUAACUGACUGGUUUCCUACCCUGGUGACCCUUGGUGGGGGCACCUUAGAUGAAGAUUUAAAUCUGGAUGGAUAUGAUGUUUGGGAGGCUAUUAGUGAAGGUCGCUCUUCGCCUCGCCUAGACAUUUUACAUAACAUCGACCCAAUUUACGUCAAAGCCAAGAAUGGUUCUUGGAAAGCGGGAUACGGUCUAUGGAACACAGCCAUCCAGGCUGCGCUCCGAGUUGGUCACUGGAAGCUCCUGACGGGUGUACCAGGCUACAGUGACUGGGUACCUCCACAGACUUUCUCCAACCAACGGCUAACCACUCGGCACCAUAACGAACGCGUGCGCUGGGACAGGGGCAAGUCCGUCUGGCUGUUCAACAUCACAGCAGAUCCUUACGAGCGAGUAGACUUGUCACAGCGUUACCCCCAUAUAGUGAAGAAGAUGCUGAUGCGGCUUGUGCAGUACAACAAGACCGCUGUGCCGGUACGCUACCCAACCAAAGACCUGCGCUCCAACCCACAGUACAAUGGAGGGGUGUGGGGUCCGUGGUACAAGGACGAGAAGCAGCAGCGGGAGGAAGAGGAGGAGGAAGGAUACAAUAACUUGUUUAUGAGCCAUCUUGGUAAAAGAAGGUGGAAGAAUAAAUCAAAGAAUAAAAAAUUGAAACGCAAAGCAGAACAUUAGCUUGAUGAAACAAAAACUUUACUCAGGGAUUAACACGUCUUGAUUCAGGACUUUUCAGGCAGUCUUAAAGUGUAACUCACCCCAAUGUAAAGGCAAAACCCCGCCCCAGACACAUUUUGAAGAAUACCACCAAAGUGGGCGGUUUCAAGAGACACAGCUGAGCGGUGGGCGUUGUUGCUGCGUCAGUCAGGACGAAAGAAAGUGACCUGUUGAAACAUGGAGUGACUAUGCCAACAUCUGGUGGUU